CUGAGCUUUAACGUGUUUUUUUUGAAAAAAGAUCAAAUUCGCCAAAAUGUUUCGCGAACUCGUUUUGUUUUUUUGGAAAAGGUCAAAUUCAAAUUCAAAUAAACAAAAUUUAUCAUUUUAAAGAGGGAAAACAGAAGGAAUUCAAAUGUCGAAUCCUAGUUUAGGCUGGGAACGUCUCAGAGACGUCUAUUACAGAAACAGAGAACUCUACUCCAUAACUUGGAACAUCAAAAACAUCAACAACUACAUCAUUGCCAUUUCCAAGUACACAAAAGCAAUAGCAUCCUAUAAAUUCCAGAAUGAUGUCAAUGAACUAAAAGAUCAAAACACCCAGGAUAUUGAAAUCUAUUCAGGAAGUGGGAAUUUCAUCACUUCAAUCAAUUGGAAUAAUCAUGUUAAUGGCCGGAUCAUUGAUAUGAAAUGGACAAUUGAUGAGAAGCUAUGUGUAUUGUUACAGAAUGGGUUAAUUAGAGUGUAUUAUGACUUUGAAGGGAAUUUCAAUGAAUAUGAAAUUGGUUAUGAUUCACAAUUAGUUGGAAUCAAGAGUUUCCUAGUCCAUGGUAACGUUUUAAUAAUACUCCUUAAUGAUUUCAAAAUUGUUUACAUUGAUCUUGAUAAUACAAUCUCAGUCAAUUCUAAACUUUUCAAAGAUUUAAAAAUUGAAUUACCUGAAGAAUCAAUACAUUUUUGGAAUUGGGAUGUUUUACCUUCUUCAUCAUCAUUUCAAAUCUUGAUAAGUAUUAAUAAAGCAAUCUAUGCAAUCCCCAAAUAUGGGAAAAUCAUUCAAAAAUCUAUAGAUGGUCCAUUCCAAGGUGUUCAUGUUUCAGAAAAUCAUGAAUUUAUUGCAUUAUAUCAAGAAGGUUCUAAAAAAAUUUAUAUUGUCACUGCAAAUUUCAAUAAGGCACUUUUUGAUUUCAAAUUAGAUUCAGCACCACCACCAAGACAAAUAAAAUGGUGUGGCUCAGAUGCAGUGGCAGUGGCAUAUGAUGAUUAUGUUAAAUUAAUAGCCCCUGGUGGGUCUUUGAAUUUUUUCAUAAAUGAUGAUUUUAAAAUUUCCUCAGAAAUUGAUGGAUUAACAAUCUUGACAAAUGUUUCAUUAGAAUUCUUAUCAAAAGUUAAUAAUGACACGGUGGAUUGUUUCAAGAUUGGUUCAACUUCAAAAUCAUCGAUCCUUAUUGAUUCAAUUGAUAAAUUAAAUAAACAUUCCCCCAAGGCAAAUGAAAAUUUAAAAAUCAUUGGAUCAGAUAUUUUUUUAAAUCAAGCUGUUCAAACUUGUAUCCGUGCAGCUUUUGAAGAAUUUGAUCCAUAUUGGCAAAAAAAAUUAUUAAAAGCUGCAUCGUUUGGGAAAUCUUCAUUAGAAUUGAAUUCAUCUUUUAAAAAUUCAAUUAAAUUUGUGGAAGCUUGUGAUCAAUUAAGAAUCAUUAAUAAUAUAAGGUCUAAUGAGAUUGGGAUUUUCCUAACAUUUACACAAUUCCAACAAAUUGGUAUUGAAAAAUUGAUCAAGUUAUUAGUUAAAAGACAAGAAUUUUAUCAAAGUUUCCAAAUUUCCAAAUUUUUAAAAUUACCAAUUGAUUUAAUAUUUAUAGAUUGGGCAUGUUGCAAGAUUAAAUAUAAUCCAAAUUUAAAUGAUGAAGAAUUAUCACAAUUAAUAAUAACAAAAUUCCAAAAUAUUAAUAAUAAUUCAUACAUUUCAUUUGAAAAAAUUUCCACAAUUGCAUUUCAAGAAGGUCGAUUAAAUUUAGCGAAAAUUUUAAUCAAUUUUGAAUCAUUAUUUACAAAGCAAAUCCCAUUAUUAUUAACAAUGGAGGAACAUGAAUUAGCAUUGAAGAAAUCAGUGGAAUCUCAAGAUGUUGAUUUAAUAUUGGAAACAAUAUUAAAAUUAAAAGAAACAUUAUCAUUACCAAAUUUUUUCAAAAUUUUAAAUAAUUCCAAGAUUGCAUCAAAUUGUUUUGAAUAUUUCCAUCAUGAUGAUAUUAAAUUAAUUCAUGACUAUAUUAAUCAAGCUGAUAGAUUAAUAGAUAUUGCCAAUUUUGAAAUUGAUCAAUAUAUCAUCCAUGGUGAUCAGGAAGAUUAUUCCAAGAAAUUAACAGUGUUACAAAACUCAUUUGAUACAUAUAAUUUAAUGAGAAAGAAUUCAAAUGAUUCAAAACAAAUUGAAAAACAAUUGAAAUUGGUGAAAUUACAAGAAAUUUAUACAAAUGAUUUUAAUAUUGAAUUCAAUAACUUAUCAAUAGUGGAAACAUUAGAAAAAUUAAUCUUGUUGAAUCAAAAUAAUAAAAUUAAUCAAUUUUUAAAAGAUUUCAAAAUCAAUGAUAAAAAAUUUCAAUAUAUUAAAUUAAAUUUCUUAAUCAAGGAGAAAAAAUUUGAUGAACUAUUUGAAUGGGGCAUGUCAUUGAAAAAACCAAUAAUUGGAUAUGAACCAUUCAUCCAAAAACUAAUCUCCCAAAAUGAAAACUCAAUGGCUUCAAAAUUUUUAUCAAAAGCAAACCUAUCAUAUUCUGACAAGAUUGAAUAUCUAAUAAAAUUAAAAGAUUUCAAAACUGUUAUUGAAGAAGCAUAUCAUAAAAAGGAUUUAUCCACACUAGACAAGAUAGAACCAAUGAUUUCCACACCAAGAUUAAAAGAAUUAUGCAACGAGUAUCAAAACUCAUUACAACAAACCUCCUCUGCCACCACCACUUCCACAACAAGGUUUUUUUAAAUCAACCCACCAUUUAUAUAUUGUGCCCCUGCUUGUUUGGGAAUAAACAC